GUGGGGAGUUGCUGCAAAAUUCCCUCUUACUCAUCCUGAUGUUUUUCCUCAUUUGCAUAUUUUGAUCAAUGGGUUUCUCUCAGAAACCUUUUUCUGAUCACCUCUCCCUAUCUAGCUAUCGAUCAACACUAUCAAAAGAGAGGUAGCACUGGCACAUCCCUUACAUAAGCAACUAGAGAAAAGGAGUCAAAAGAUUAACACACCUGAAGAAUAGAAGAAAAAGAAGAAUACUAAAAAAAUUUGGUAAAAGAUUGUUAGAAAGUUGAUUUCUUUUCUAUGAUGAAUAUAGGUAAAACCUCAAACUCAUCAUCCUUUCUCACUGUGUGCACGUUCAAAGAGUAGUCAGUUGAUCUCUCUCAUUCGUUCUCUCUCUCUAUGUCACAGAGAAAAGCACUUGGUCACUUAAUAGCGUAGCUAACUCCUUGACAAGCAAACCUCACCCACAUUUAUUAAUCUUGACCCUGCUAUCUGUGUGAAACACUAACUCCUUGACAAAAAAAAAAAAACCUGACCAAUCUUGGAUGAGUGUUGCAGGUCAUAUACUGAUCAUUUCUUGAUUUAAAUUAAUGAUAGGAUAAAGAGGCCUUACCAUAAGUAUUCUUUUUAUGGGUCUGCAUUUUCUUUUUUCUAUUUUUUUUCCUCUCUGAGUGAGUCCACCAAAGAAAGAAGAAAGAAGAAAGAGGGAGAGAGGGGCAGUUCCUGCCAUGGAAAUUCUCGACAAAGAGACAAGAUGGACAGAGCCCGUUUCAGCAAUGAGACACAGACUCUGCAAGGGCCUUAAGAUACCAGCUGCUAUGAUGGAGUCAAUGGAAUCGUGUGUCCCACCUGGAUUCCGGUUUCAUCCAACGGAUGAGGAGCUUGUUGGAUAUUAUCUGAGGAAAAAAGUAGCAUCACAGAAGAUCGAUCUUGAUGUUAUUAGAGAUAUUGAUCUAUACAGGAUUGAACCAUGGGAUCUACAAGAGAGAUGCCGGAUCGGAUAUGAAGAGCAGAACGAGUGGUAUUUCUUUAGCCACAAGGACAAGAAGUAUCCGACGGGGACAAGGACUAAUAGAGCUACGAUGGCCGGGUUCUGGAAGGCAACAGGGCGAGACAAGGCAGUUUAUGACAAAACAAAACUGAUUGGCAUGAGGAAAACCCUUGUUUUCUAUAAAGGAAGAGCACCAAAUGGCCAGAAAAGUGACUGGAUCAUGCAUGAAUACAGGCUUGAAUCCGACGAGAAUGGUCCUCCACAGGAAGAAGGAUGGGUAGUUUGUCGCGCUUUCAAGAAGCGAACAACUGGGCAAAACAAGAACAUUGAAGGAUGGGAUUCAAGCUACUUCUAUGAUGAAUCAAGUGUAGUUAGCUCAGUAAUUGAUCCAAUUGAUUAUAUAUCGAGGCAGCCCCAGAAUUUCUUGGCUCAGAAUUUCUUGUGUAAGCAAGAGAUUGAAGCAGAUAACUUAAGUUUUAUGCAUUCUGAUAAUUUUGUACAGCUUCCUCAGUUAGAGAGCCCAUCUCUGCCAUUAAUAAAGAGGCCAAGCUCGACGUCUCUGAUGUCGGAGAACAAUAAUAAUAAUAAUAAUAAUAAUAAUAAUAAUAACAAUGAAGAAGAAGAGCAAGCUAGAGGAUGCAACAUGAACAAUAACAACAAGAAAGUAACUGACUGGAGAGCCCUUGACAAGUUUGUAGCCUCUCAAUUGAGUCAAGAAGACAGAUACGAUUGUGAUAAUGCAGCUUCAAACUUUGGGGGAGAAAAUAGUUCAGACAUGUCAUUGCUGUUAUUGCAGAGUGGUAGAGAUGAUGAGAACAAGUUCAAUGGAUUUUUAACUUCAAGCUCUGACUGUGAUAUUGGAAUAUGAAUAUUUGAGAAAUGAAGCCGGAGGAGGGAGUUUUAUCAAAAAGAGUUUUCUAUUUGUACUAGUAUAAUUAAUUAUAUAUUCUUGUAAAAAUGUGGUUGUGCAAGAGUGAGAAUUUAAUAUAUAUUCUCC